AUGAUUUUACUACAUUCUGGAUUCUGUUCAGAUACGGUGAAGGAGAAAGCUCUAUUGAUUUUAGGUUCGGAGCAGCGCACCAGCCUCGAAUUGCACGAUCUUCCAGCAUUUUCGAAACAUCGAAAGCCACUCACUGUUGGCCAGAGGCAACUGAAACUAGAAGAAACGCUCGCUCUUCCGCUGAAUUUGGAAGAACCGCUAACUGCUGCUGAACUCUGCGCACCAUUCGAACCCGGAAGACCUAGGACAGUUUCGUUCACUACUCCGGCGGGACAUCGACGUGAUUCUAGCGACGAUGACGAUUUCGUGGACAGGAUCACAGCACGACACCAUUAUGUCUAA